UUAAUCAGCUGCUGAUUUUCCUUACAACACUCGAGUUGUCAUAAUCCGCAAACUGCUUUAGCUGUGAUUUACUCAAUUCAUUUGUGUGUCAAAUAUAAAUAUCUAUUCAACAUUCAACAGAACAUGUUUAAUUCAUAUUUACAAUUGUUACGUACUCUGUGAUCUUUAAUUGUAACAUAUUUUUCCUAGUUCCACUCAUCACAUAGUCAACGUUGAAGAAAUCAACUGAAUGUUAUUCACCGGUUACAGGUAACAAUGAGUGAGGAUGUUACGGCCCCUGAGGGCCUGUCAGCUAUCUAUGAGCAUAAAUUCAUCCAUGGCUUUAUCGCCUCCUUUUCGGUUAUCAUUGUCUCAGAAUUGGGAGACAAGACGUUCUUCAUUGCUGCAAUCAUGGCUAUGAGACAUAACCGUUGGACUGUAUUUAUGUCUGCUUUAAGUGCAUUAAUCUUGAUGACUGUUUUAUCUGUUUUUGUUGGAGUUGCCACUGCAAUAUUUAGCCAAGAUUUGGUCCAUUAUGUUUCAAUUUUUUUAUUUCUUGUCUUUGGUAUUAAAAUGUUAAAAGAUGGAUACACAAUGACUGAUGAAGAGGCCAAAGAAGAAUACGAAGAGGUCCAAAAAUCGUUACAAGAAAAAGAAACUGGUGUAACUAGUGCCAAUGGGACAAUAUUAACUGGUUCUAAUAAAAUUGAUCAGAAAAUUAUAAAUACUACGGAAGAUCCAGAGACGGGUGUACUGCGAACAAUAAGUUCAGUUCCAUUAACAACACGUUUGAAACGUAAAUUAAUGCACAUAGUGUCUCUAGUUUUCAUCGAAACCUUCACCAUGACCCUUGUUGCCGAAUUAGGAGAUAGAUCACAGAUUACAACAAUUAUUCUGGCUGCCAAAGAGUCUACAACUGGAGUAACACUUGGGGCCAUUUUAGGUCAUGCUAUUUGUACAGGAAUUGCAGUUGUGGGUGGUCGACUUGUAGCUACCUGGAUAUCUGUUCGCACUGUAACUUUAAUCGGUGGCUUUAUUUUCAUUGUAUUUGCUUUUACCUCGUUAUAUCUUGGGUGAUUAAUGUUAUAAAUUAUUUAUUAACUAGUUUUACAAAAAAUACAGUAUUCUGUUUUCAACUACCGUUUACAAUUUCACUCAAUAAAAAUCACUAAUAAGGUGAUCCUAAUCAAUUUUAA